GCUACAUUCGCGCGGCCUUCAAAAACUUCCCUCUCUGCUUCCGCAAGAAUCUCCGGCGAAACCUUCCUCAUCUCCGGCGCCAUGGAAGCCGGCGAGGUCAAUUUCUCGGCAGGCAAAUCCAACAGCCACGAGGAGAUAUGGGAGUUCAGUAACGCCUUCGACGGUGAACAGCAUCGGAGCCGACGGCCGAUCUUGAUAGGCAAGCAUUUCGACAUCGAAGCGUACGCGAGCAACUACCAAGGUCGAACCAAGAUCCUACGCCUCCUAUCCAUCGCCGUCCACUGCGGUGGCGACGAACGGCGGCGGACGAUGCAACUGGAGCGCUCCGAAUAGCCUAUGAUGCGGCUAAGGAGGGCAAGGAUGUCUCGCUCUUCACCAAAAUAGUCGAGAAGAUUGACGGGAGAUUGGGCCCUAACUACGCGAUGGAUGAAGAUUGGUGCCGCUCGGUGAAUCGAACGAAGCAGCUGAUGGAACAAGGGUUAGACAUUCGGUUGCAUCAAUGCGAGAAAGAUUUCACGAAAGGCAUCCUUUCUGCGGAGGGCGCAAGAACUGCGUAUAAUUAUGCGGGAGAUUUCUAUUACGCCCAUGGUGCGAUUCUCGAGGCUAUUUUACGGUAUAAGAGAACCCAAUUUUACAACGUGACCAGUAGAUCGUACCAUGAUUUGGGAUCGCGUGUGAUUAUCGUCUUCAUUGAGAUGGGCAAAUUUCCUCUGUUCGCCUCUAUUGCUGGAAAAGAACUAACACAUUGUGACCCGAUUACUGCUGGAAAACUGCGCUGUGCCUUCGGAUUGGGUUUGUUGAAGACACAGCGCUUUAGAGAUGCUGCUGAUAAGAUGAUGGCAAAUGUCUUCAGCACCACCAUUGAAGCUCUUGAGAAGAAGCUUAUAUCCUUUAUAAACACCAACCAAAUUAAGGCGAAAAUCGACUCGGCCGAUAAAGUUCUAUAUGCUCGAAAAGAUGAUUAGAGAAAUGCAACUUUUGGAAGGGUUUUGCAAAAUUUGAAGGUGAUCGUAGCUUAGUUAGAGAUACAUGGUGUUGUUCAAAGCAUUUCGUCAUCAUGCCUCUGUUCAUAGUAGCAG